AACCCCACCGGCGAGAGGAGGAGGAGGAGGAGGAGGAGGAGGAGGAGAGGGAGGAGGAGGAGCACGGCGCGCGGGCGCUGGGAGCGGCCAGGGGUUCGGGCCGUUGAAGGGGAGGAGGAGGAGGAGGCGGCGGCGCGCGGAGCGGGAGAACCGGGGAGAUGUCGACGCCGGCGAGGAAGCGGCUGAUGCGGGACUUCAAGCGGCUGCAGCAGGACCCUCCCGCCGGCAUCAGCGGCGCUCCGCACGACAACAACAUCAUGCUAUGGAACGCCGUCAUAUUCGGACCGGAUGACACGCCGUGGGAUGGAGGCACGUUCAAGCUGACCCUGCAAUUUACGGAAGAUUAUCCCAACAAACCACCAGUUGUUCGGUUCGUCUCAAGGAUGUUUCACCCAAAUAUUUAUGCAGAUGGAAGUAUCUGCUUGGACAUCCUACAGAAUCAAUGGAGCCCUAUAUAUGAUGUUGCUGCGAUAUUGACCUCUAUCCAGUCCCUGCUAUGCGACCCAAACCCAAACUCUCCUGCAAACUCCGAGGCAGCCAGACUAUUCAGCGAGAACAGGCGCGAGUACAACCGCAAAGUCCGCGAGGUUGUGGAGCAGAGCUGGACGGCCGACUAAAAGCCAAGGACAUGUUCGAGUUGCAGUUUCUGCAAUAAGCUUCACCUAAAGAUACGCAUCUCUGGCUUUCCCGAUCUGUAUCACCUACUAAAACAUAAAAAAACCUUCACUUAUUCAGUGUCUGUUGUUCCUGUGAUUGAUCCACUGCUUGCCUCAAUUUGUUUUCCCCAAUGUAGUGGCUAUCUAUUUGACGAAUUUAUAAGGUAUUGAUGCUUAUGUAAAGAAUUAUACUAGCCAAGAAAUUGCUGUUGCUAGGUUGCAGAAGCCUCUGAAUGCUUUGUGCUUUCUCUUUGUA